AUCAAAUCAAAAAUGGAAAGCAAUCUAUUAGAUUUGGUACAUAGUCAGAUAACGGUACUAACAUCCACUAUGAAAUCGAACUCUAUAUGGUUCAAUCACACAACAAAACGCUCAAAUCUAGACAAUUUAGCCAGCGACGUCGGUCUACAGAGAUUCAAAAAGUCUGAUAGCCAGUUAGAUCUCUUCUCAUCUCUCUCCUAUCUCAGUUCUAAGCUGCCAUCUCUCAAGCAACUCGACACAAUCGUGAUAUUCUCCCCAUUUUUGGAUAUCGUAUCAUCUGCUAACACGUCUGGUCCUAUUACUCUCGCUUCUUUGGACUCAAUAGACAAAUUUCUGUCAUCCCACUUGCUUACAACGUCAUCGAUCAACGCAUUAGCGACUAUCAACAAAAUUACAGACGCAAUCACUCACUGCACUUUCGACCCCUCUGACAAUCAGACUGACGAUGCAAUUCUCUCCAGGAUUCUUGAUAUCAUCAAUUUCGUUCUCACUUCUGACUUGGUCACACUUUGUUCAGACAGCACGGUCUGUGCUUUGAUACAAACCAAUCUCUCGAUGGCUUCUCAGAUUAGGCUAUCACCCGCGCUUAGAAACUCUGCCGAGCGUACAAUGCAAUCCGUAGUAAGAUCUCUGGUCCUCUCUUACAAGUCUAGAUACCAAUUCAGUCAACCUUCAGACUCUCCUAUAGAUACUCCCCAAACUAGCCAAGAUAUCAGCACACCAUUCAGUCAUCCAACAAUGUCAGAAUUGAUUUCCGUUCUGGUUAAAUUGCUCGAUCCACACGAUCCAAAACACACAGACACCAUUCGUUUAGCUUCUCUCAGAAUACUCGAUGUUGCCUUAACAACAGGCGGAAAGACAUUGUCUAAUGUACAAAGUAUCAGAAGUACUUUGUCAGAUCAGGGUUGUAAAUACCUCUUUCAACUUGCCAGACUUGAAGCUUCACCACUUUUAAUAAUGACAAUGAGAGUUAUUACCCUACUUUUCGAUACGUUCAAACCAUAUUUGAAGUUACAACAGGAGCUCUUUAUGUCAUUCCUAGUUGAACGCCUGUCUCCAUCAAAUAGCAAUUCAUCAGAUCUCAAUUCCCCUGAUUACCAACCACCAUUCGAUCCUUACUACACUUGGGAAGCUUCAGUUAUGCCUCAAGAAGCCCAUAACGUUGAUAAUGAAAAUGACAAAAUGCUCAAUACAUCAGGCUCAGCAACUCCUUCAUUGGCUCCUGCAAAGUCCGCCAAACCUGCAUUUGGUACAACUAGGCAACUUCUUUUAGAAACUCUGGUAUAUUUCAUUCACAGACCUGGUUUUUUGUCCGAGUUAUGGUUAAAUUAUGAUUCAGACAUAGACUGUGACGAUAUCUUCGAAAGGACUCUAUCAUUUAUCGUUCAAGGUAUCUUCCCUCAGGAGAAUUCAAGUUUAGAUUCCCAAAUUUUAUGUUUGGAUGCCACAUCGAGCUUCCUAUCCCAGAUGAAUGAAACCAUAGUAAAAACAGAUGAUGAGGCUAACUUACAAUACCCUACCAAUAUAGCUCUGAAAAAGUCACGUAAGAAGGUUAUACUGAAUGGUGCGCGUAAAUUUAACAUCAAGCCUACGACGGGUUUGGACUAUCUCGCGAGACACGGGAUCAUUGAUAUUAACUUUGACGAAGAUAACAAAUGGACGAAAGAGACGUCAGAAAGCGUUGCAAAAUUCCUCAAACAAUGCGCCAGGCUUGAUAAGCGCCUACUAGGUGAUUAUUUGUCAAGGCCUGACAACAUUGAAGUCUUGAAAUCAUUCUUCAGCUUGUUCAACUUCGAGAAUCUUUCGGUUGCGGACAGUAUGCGUCAAGCACUUGAAACAUUUAGAUUGCCUGGAGAAGCCCAACAAAUUGCACGUAUCACUGAAGUCUAUGCAGAAUCCUACUUUAGCUCCUCACCAAAAGGUAUUAACUCACAAGACGCUGUUUACGUCCUCGCAUAUUCUGUCAUUCUUCUCAACACUGAUUUGCACAAUCCUCAAAACAGAGCCAGAAGGAUGUCUAUUGAUGACUACAAGCGCAAUCUUAGGGGUGUAAAUGACGGAAAGGACUUCUCACCAGAACUUCUCGAGGAUGUCUACCAUAGUAUACGUAAGAGAGAAAUAGUUAUGCCUGAAGAACAUCACGACCAGCUUGGUUUCGACUACGCAUGGAAAGAGAUGUUAUUCCGUAGUAAAACUGCUGGUACAGUUACAGAUGCUACUUCACCAAAUCUUGUUAAGCCAAUAUUCGAGAGCAGUUACAGAAAAUUACUCGUUGGAUUGUCAUACGCUUUUGCUUCAUUCAAUGAUUCCUUCGCGAUCUCAAAAGUUAUUGAGGCGUAUCGACACCUGAUGAUGCUCUCAUCAAGACUCAAAAUUGCUCAUAUUCCAGAUCUCGCUUUUAUCAGUUUGAGGAGAGCAACAGGGAUGUUUGUCUCAAGGUUCUCAGAAGACGAAUUCACGCAGGCUACCGUGAGGUUAUCAGAAAAUGCAGAGCCUAUUAAUCUCAGCGUUACUAGCUUUACCGUGCAAUUUGGUGAGGAUGUCAGAGCUCAGCUUGCAGCCUGGACGUGCUUUACUGUCAUCCUCAAAGGUCAUUUGGAUUCAGCUAGACAGAGUUGGGAUGAUAUUUUCGAAAUAUUUUUGUCCCUCUUCCAUAAUGAUCUUCUUCCGGAGUCUAUUCAAUCGAUGGAGGACUUUUUGGGUGGAUCAACGCCAAUUCCUGCGCAGGGGCACAGUAGUACUGAGAAAAAUGAGAUAGGUGCAUCGAACAACAGCAAUUCAACUAGUUUAUUGUCGACAUUGAGCUCAUAUCUUCUCUCACCUUACUCUAAUGAGAGCCACAUGGCUCCACAGGCUACUGAAGGUGACAUCGAAGCUACGUUGAAAUCCAUCGACUGCGUCAACGUUUGCAAUUUGGAUAUCUUAUAUAAGGAUUUGUUAAAACUCUCCAGUGAGACUUUCGCUUUCGCUUUGAGUUCUCUCAGAGGAUUAGUGGAGAAGCGCACAACAGAGAAGCUCGUUGGCUUAGAGAAAUACAAUAAAAAGGGAACACCACCAAUUACAAUCCCAUACGAUCGCCAAACUGUCUUCCUGCUUGAAGUCAUGAUUAGCAUGAGUGUACGUAACAACGACCUCGUGGAGGUAUCAUGGCCCAUUGUUUUCCCAGUUCUUGAGAAGAUCUUGUCAUUCUCUAACGUCUUCUCUACUCUCCUUACUGAGAGAGCUGCAGUUGGUUUAUCAAAAUUGACACUCGCCAUAUCUAAAAAAGAAUCUCUUCAUGAGGAUUUAUUCAUUUCGAUAGAUCUCCUGAGAUCCCUCCCACAUCAACAGCUUUUAGCAUCAAUUUCCGACCAUCUGCUCACUUUGGUCGAGGGUAUACUAGCCUCGCCGGAAAUUCUACACAAUGCUACUGAAUGGCGGCUCACAAUGUCACUUCUCCAAUCAUCUAGCGGCGACGGUGAGAGAUCGCUGGCGAUACUCUCUCGUAUAAUCGAAAACCAAUUGACAUCUGACUCGAUUAAUGGUGUCUUGAGUAUUCUCCUCUCAUUAUCAUAUAUGGAGAAUACACGUGCACUUGAGAUGUUGCUUUCCUUACGCGAUGCAAGUAUUUCAAAUUCGGCAUCUGAAUGGGAUGCAAAGUUAGAACCAUUAGGAUUGACAUUGACUGAAUUAUGUUUACAUCCAUCUCGCCAAAUUAGGGGUAAGGCUAUCGAAGGUCUUUCAUUAAUUCUACUUGAACACCCUGAAAAAGGAUUAUCAGUCUUCCCAGACGUCCUCUUUCCUCUCCUCGAGAAGCUGCUCAGACCGGAUGUCUUCAAACGUGAUCCAUCACCAGGUGGUAUGUUAAGCACACGUGCUGGUGCUACAAACUUGGUCUGUAAAAUGUGGUUACUCGUCGAUCUCAAAACACCUGAUGGAGAAGUGGAAAAGAAUUGGCUCGAUUUGUUAGAUUUCCUCGAUAGAUUCGUAAGCAGUAUCACAAAUGUAAAUCAAAACAGUGUUCAGGAGUCUAUUCUCGAAAAUCUCAAAAACUUACUCCUUGUGAUGUCAACUAAUGGAAUUAUAUCGACAAAUGAAGAAAAACAAGAAGCUUAUCAAUUAUACAACAAAACUGUCGAGCGUGUUGAUCUUUUCUUACAAGGAUUUGUCAAUGAUGUUCUUUGUGAUAGCAACCAGCAAGCUUAAUUUGUCUUUAUAUUAUAGAAAAAAUGCAUCGUAAUUAUUUUUU